AUGUGUUCUACAUCAGCUACUGUAUCUCCACACCCUCUUGAUUUUAUCUCAUUUCUGUGUUUGCUUCAGAGAGAAAAGGAUGCUGGGAGUAAAUGUGUUAUUUCCAUGAAAGCCAACUGCACUACCAUUUGUGACCCAAGGAACCUUGGCCAUGAAAAGACUUUUAGGUUUGACCUUGCAUAUUGGUCUCACAGUGGGUUCUUGAGGAACACAGAUGGCACGCUAGUUCCAAAUGGUCCAGACAGCAGAUACGCCGACCAGAAAACUGUAUUCUGUGAUCUUGGCCAGAGUGUAUUAAAUAAUGCCUUGCAAGGCUACAAUGCCACGCUUCUUGCCUAUGGGCAAACGGGUUCUGGGAAAAGCUACUCCAUGAUUGGCUAUGGAGCAAAUCGAGGCAUCAUUCCGGUCGUCUGUGAGGAGUUGUUCAGAGCAAUUGAAAGUAACCAAGACAAUAACAGAUGUUAUCAGGUGACAUUCAGCAUGCUGGAAAUAUACAAUGAACAGGUUACAGAUUUACUGUCUAAAACCAAGAAAGCAGGUGGCCUUAAGGUGCGAGAAGAUCAGCAUCAAGGGUUUUAUGUUGAUGGUCUAAAACUGGUGCCUUGUGAAAGCUAUGUACAAAUUGAAAGGUUGAUGGAACAAGGGAGGAAAACAAGAACCACAGCUUCAACCAGCAUGAACUCCAGCAGCAGCCGUUCCCAUAUGGUCAUCACUAUUCACUUCAAGCAGAUAUUUCUGGAAGAUGAUAUUACUAAACAAUCAACCAUACACUUGGUGGAUCUUGCAGGCAGUGAGAGACAAAAAUCAUCUGGAUCUGAAGGGGAUCGUCUUAAGGAAGGAGCCUGUGUUAACCUCAGUUUGACCACUCUGGGAAAUGUCAUCAGUGCACUUGCAGAGGCUACCAUGGGAAAGAAAGUUCUUCACAUUCCGUAUAGAGAUUCUGUUCUGACAAAACUUCUGCAGUCUGCUUUAGGAGGAAACAGUAGAACUGUCAUGAUUGCUGCAGUGAGUCCAGCAGACAUCUGCUAUGAGGAGACUUUGUCAACACUCAGAUAUGCUGAAAGAGCAAAGAAGAUCAAGAACAAGGCGGUUAUCAAUGCCAGUCCCACAGAGCGCCUUAUUAAGGAGCUGAAAGCAGAAAAUAACAAGCUUUUAUCAAGGCUGGCAGGACUCGGGAGCUCAGGAAAGAGGGUGGAAAAAGAGACCAAGGAACUGCGCCGACUGCUUGCAGAAAACGAGUUGAGAAUACAAGCAAUUCAAAAUACGUGGGAAAUGCAGCUACAAGAAGCCAGGAAAGAAUGGGAACAACAGUUUGCUGCAAUAACACAGGAGAGGAGAAUGAUACAGUCAUUUCCUUACCUUCUGAACAUAAAUGAAGACCCACAGCUGUCUGGAGUGCUGAAAUACUUCAUUCAAGAAGGGUCAUCUGACGUUGGCCAGGCUCCUUCUAACGCAAUUACCUUGAGGGGACUAGGAAUCUUACCAAAGCACGCUACUUUCACUAACUUUGAAAACAAGGUGUUAAUAAAACCUUAUGGCAAGGCUAAAGUUGUUGUUAAUGGAGUCCCAAUUGUCAUGGACACUAAACUGCAACACCUGGACCGUCUGAUCCUUGGUUCAAACAGUGGAUAUCUUUACAUUGGGUUUCCAGCUGAACGUGGCUCUGAGGACAUCAGCAAGUUUGACUAUGAUUUCUUUCAGUCUGAACUGGCAGCAGCAGAGGGUUUUAGUGUAGAUAAACUAGGUGCUAUAAGCAGUAAAGAUGGCAAACCCGACCCAAGUGUCCUGGCUGUCUUUCAUGACUACAUUAAACUGAUGCCCCUGGUGGCUGAAGUAAAUCAGAUGAGUGAAGAGUUAUCCAAGGAUCUGAAAUUUGAGCUGAAGGUAAAAAAUCUGGCUCUGACGGAUUCCAGAGGGUAUGAUCUUCAGAAAGACAUUGUAGUAAAAGUAACCAGCACAAAAACCCAACAGGUAUGGAUGUGGUCAAAAUCCAAGUUCAUCAAUAGGAAGUUUCUGAUGGAAGAAUUGUAUCAGAGAUUUCUGGAUGGAGACAUCAACUUUGACCGUAAAAGUGAUCCAUUCUGGGACCCGGUAGAGGUUAUACAUUUAGGAUCCUCUCACAUCUGGCUUCAGUCUUUAGCUUAUUGUAUGAAGCUGGAAGAACAGACAGAAGUUCUGGACUCCGAAGGGGCAGAAGAAGCCGUUCUCAUGAUAAAUAUUACCCCCUGUUCCAGCUGUGGAAGGCCUUUAACUGAAGAAGACAUUGUUAUUGAUCCUUUGGAACUGCUGGGAAGGAACAUUGUUUUCCAAAUUCAUAUACAACAGUGUCUAGGAGUCCGAUGGCUGAAAGAAGCCACAAACCGAGGGAUACAGAUUGGGUAUUGCUUUUAUGAUGUCCCUCAGCCACUGUAUACAAAGCCAGUUUGGAAAACAGUAAAUCCUCUGAUUGAUCACAAUUUGCAGUUUGUUGCCCUGAAUGUGUCUAAUGAAUUUCUUAACUACCUGCAGAAGAACGCACUAGUUGUAGAUCUCUGGGGCCUUCAAGAAGGCUGCCCUGAACAUGACUGGUCACUGCCAGAUAUAGAAACUACCAAGGAAGGUUAUAUUCUAAUUGACUGCAUGAAAACAUUACUCCCUGCAUCUACUUUGGUGGAUUCGGAUAGCCAAGUGUCUGAGCUCUAUUUGAAAUUAUUAAAAUUGGAACAAGAAACUGAGCUUUUAAGGGACAUCAACCGAGCCCUAAGAGAAGAGAAUAUCUUCCUGAAAGAGUCCCUGAAAGAGUCAGAAACGUGGACAUUUCAAGGUUGUGAGAAGGCUGUUAGAAGCUACAACAGUUCCGCUCAAAGUUCACAUUCUGCAGGUUCUUCAAAAGAAGUAGUGAGAAGUCCGGUGCUUAGGGCCAGCUAUGAUGCAGACUUUGCCAAAGCUCUGAAAGUUUUCUAUCAAAGCAUGAACACGAUCCGAGGGCAUUUCCUGCGGCUGAAACACUACAAGCCACCAGUAAGAACAUUUAAAACACAUUUUGCAUUUGCUCUAAAGAACUGGUCAAAAAAGUCGUACUGUAUACACAACUUUAUUGUUAAGGACAUUUAAUUUAAC